AUGGACGACAAAGCAGUUGAAGCCGUUGUGUCCUUCUACCAUGAAUGUGAGGCCAAGGCAGCAUGGCCGCAGCAAAUGACAGUCUCCCUUAUAGCAAUGCUGCCGAAGAAUCUGACCCGGGAAAGACCAAUCGCCUUGCUACACAUCCUGUACAGGACCUGGGUCCGUUUGCGAUGGGAUUUGGUAAGUACUUGGCAGGCAGGCUAUGCCAAAACUGCCACGUACGACAAGGCAGUCCCAGGCAGUUGCUGCUUGGACGUGGCCGUAGGCAGACUGCUGCGAAAUGAGGUGGCGAAGACAAAUGGUGUGCAUGUGGUGUCACUCUUUGUGGACCUUGAGUCCUUUUUCGAUACCAUCCAAUUUCAGCAACUGAUCACGGCAGCAACGGCCCUGCAAUAUCCACCGCUAAUCCUGAAGAUGGCACUGGAAGUGUACAUGGGUGCCAGAUAUUUGGUGGCGGAUGGGGUGCUGUCGGCAGGCAUCAGAGCUACGAAUGGCGUGCAAGCGGGUUGCCCAGCGGCGCCAUCGUUGGCAAAGGUGGCAUUGCACCCGGUGAUUGAUAAGAUCCAAAGGCGAAGAGAUGUGACAAAUGUGGAUUGUUGGUUGGAUGAUGUCUCAAUUGACAUCCAGCAUAAAUCCUUUAAACAAGCGGCGGAUAGUGCGAUACGAGUCUACCGCAGCUUAAAGGACGGGAUGGACGCCAAUGGUUUCACGAUUUCAUCCAAGAAGACAGGGUUUGUAGCCAGCAGUACCCAGGCGAGCAAGCACCUGCGAGGACUACUGUUACCGCAUGAGCCGCAAGUGUACGACGUGAUGCGUGACUUGGGCGUCGACAGUACAGGUGGGAGAAAGCGUCGCUUGGUGACGUCGGCCACGCGGGCGAAAAAAGCACACGCACGACAAAGCAAGCUGUCCAGGCUGGGGCCGCCGCCCAGCACUAAACUCCGCGUGGUUAAGGCUGCGAUCACAUCCGUGGCUCUGUGGGGGCACCCAUCAGUGGGGGUAUCACCCAAAAGAAUGAAAUGGCUCCGUACAGUGGUUGGAAAACACCUGGGCAAAUACAAGCUUGGUAGUUUGGAAACCAUUUUGGACAUGGGAGCCAAGAAAUGCCAGGAUCCGAAGAGCACAAUCCACAAGCAGCAUUUCAAGGUGGUGGCUAAAGUUUUCCGUGCAUGGAUCGGUGGCGGAAAAGCCCACUUUGACUUGGCCUGGAAAACCACUUGGAAGAGGUUGUGUGCGGCCAAACACCGCUGGCCACUGGUCACGGGACCGAUGGCAGCAACCAUGGCGUACUUAAUGGAUCUGAAGGUGGAUGCCAGUGACCCAGGCAAAUGGAAGAGAGGAAGUGUCCUCAACGUUGAUUGGACCCAGCCACGCAUGGGUAGCCUCGCCUACAAAUGGCUUGAGGGAUUCCUGGAGGAACAGAAACGGGCUGCAAUAGCGCGACAGGCAGGUGGCGCUGGUGCCCAAGAGGGGCUGGAUUGGACGCCGCAUCACAAGCUGACGAAGCUGGGAGGCCUAAGCCCAGGCCUUAUGGAAGGUAUAAAGUCAGUGUGGCACGCGGGCGUCAUCACGGAGUCCAAGCCUGGAUGGUGCAAGAAGUGCCAAAUGCCAGCAACUCUGGAGCAUGUCCUCAAAGAAUGUCCUUACUGGCGUGAACAAGGGUUCAAAGAACCCAAGCUCCAGGAAUACUUGCGCCACAAAUACCCAUGGGAGUGUCUGUGGACAAGGGCACUCCUGCCAAAGCCGGCGGUGUGGCACCCGAAGCCGCCGGAACACCUUUUAGGUCUGCGCUACCAAGGAUGCUUCGCAGCAGAUGCAAAAGUGGAAGCGGAAGGCUUGAUCUUCGCCACUGACGCAAGUGGAGGUCCAGGAGGAAUAGACCCACGUGUACAAACAUCAGCCCUCGCAGUGGUGGCUAUGUCCUGGACAAAAGGUGUGCUGGUGGAAGUCGGACGGAUUACAGAGCUGGUCUACCCGUGGCAGCCGGUGGUGGACAUGGAGCGCCGUGCACUUUUCCGACUAAUGGAGCACACGGAGGAUCUGAUUGAUGUCACUAUGGAUUGCAGGCAGUCCAAGCGCUACAAAAAACACAACCGCCGGAGGAUGAUCUGGAAUGGAGCAAAGUGUGGAAUGACAGGAAACGUAUCAAGGCAACAUGGGUCCCGUCCCACAAAACUGAAGAGGAAUUCCUGGCGAAGAUGGGGCCGGGCACGUUGUGGCGACGUGCAGCGAAUGACAUGGCGGACAAAGUAUGUGGAGCAGUGGCGGCGGCUGCUUACAGCCCAGCGCACAAGAGGCGUGUCAAAGAGUUGGACAAUGUGGUGCGCACACUUUCCCUGGCGUACGGUGCACGCGCAGCCCACAUAUUGCGGAAGCGCAAAGAAGAAGACUUCCCCUUCAUCCUGGACCAUGCGCAUUACAAAGAGAAGAUGGAAGCCUCGCAGAAAGCUGAGGGAUGCAAAAAAGAGCAUGGCGGAGCCAAACUCAACAAACGCCAGCGGCUUUGGCAGUUGCUUGACAACCCGGAGCGUGGGCAUCAAUGGGAGAAGGGCAGCGAACACCCCCGGAAUUUAA